AUGACGGGUAUCGAGCGCCCCAGAGUCCCUCAGCCUAUAUCCCCUCCUUUGACCUACGCGGCACACGGCAUUCCUGGAGCUUUGCCUACGAAUAGGGGCUCGGUUGACAGAUUGCCUCAUGCCUAUCAAAUCAAUGGCUCUUUAGCAAGUCAUGGAUAUCUUCAACAGCAGAACCCUAGAUACCCCCAAGACAUCUACUCGGCUCGCACCUCCGUCGCUUCAUUCUCCCCUGGAAGCGGCACUUCGUACUCGGGGUCUACCAUGCCGACACAUUUCCAAGACAGUUCUGGACUCACCCGUCAUGAUGGACCACCUUUCAAGGAAACACACGUUAUCCAUCCAAUUGUGAAUGUGCGAAAUCAUCAACUGAUUCCGGAAAUAACCGCUAGCAUACAAAAAGGCUUCUUUCAAGUCGAUCAGAAAUGGACCUGUUAUCGAAGAAACUACUUUGCAGUUUCUUGUGCAUUUUCAUUCAAAACUCAUGGCUCCGAAGGCCCGUUCUACCUCCAUCGCAACGGUCAGGAUGAUCUAAUCCAUGGGUUUGCAGUUUCGAUUUCAGCAAAGACCGCCCUGGGUGGUAACAGCGAGAGCGAGACCCGUGGCCUUGUUCAGCACACCCCGAAGCGUGACAAGGCCACGGAGACCGUGCCUGGAAGGCACCUGAUUUCUCCGACCCCUGCUCAGUCGAUAACCACAAAUGGAGCUUAUGCCGGGGUUGCCCAUAUAUACGGUACCCAGCAUCACAUUCCUCCAACGAUGAUAGGCGCAUACGGAGCCUUUGACAAUCAUAGCGCCAAUGCUGUUCCUACCACCUAUACUUUUGAGAGAAUACAAUUCCAAAAGGCAACAGCGAACAAUGGUAAACGCCGAGCACAACAGCAGUACUUUUUACUCGUUGUGGAGCUCUCUGUCAACGUUGGCAGAACACCAGCAGACGAGAACUGGGUUGUCAUUGCCACCAAAGAGUCAGACCCUAUGGUCGUUCGUGGUAGAUCACCUGGCCACUAUAAAGACAAUGGCAGGCGAGACAGUCAAAGCAGCAUGGAUCCUGACCGCGGGAACGGUCAUGACGGGGAUGGUGGCUCUGGGUCACUGCCUCCAGGAGGCUAUUCCCAUUCACAGUCGAUGAACUGGCAUAUUGAGCACCACCGACAGAACGGACACUAUCCUGGUUCAAUCUACCGACAGGCGAUGGGAUCAGAUCUCUCCCCCGUGAGUAUGGCUUCGUCAAACACAUUGGGUAGCACACCAACUGAAAGUGAACCUAACCUUUGCGGUAAUCGACCCGCAAACUCACCCUGCACGCUAUCCACGGCUCAUUCUCCUCUGACACCGCUAUCUGAGGAGAGCGCAGAUGAAGACGUGAUGUUACCAUUCGGCCGCCCUGACAUGGGGUUGAAGAGAUCAUACGAAGAUGAUGGCAAUGAAGAGCAAUUACGACUUCAUCUUCCAGGACCAUUCACUGACAGCACUUCUCCGUUGGUCGAAUUUUCGACUGCCCCAUAUUCGAAACUGCUCUGUGCAUCAUCCUAG